UUCCGCCACUCAAUAGUAGCAAAUAGCAAUUAAGACAUUCAGAUCUUAACCCCUAAGAAAAGUAUCGAAAAAAGACUCAUAGUCCAUCACCCAGCAAGAAAAAAGAAAAUCGAAGAGGAAGAGCAAGGACACAACACAAAGAAGCAAAAGAAGACAUGGCGUUGCAGUGGCUGAUUCUCACUUACGUGGUCGCAGCUGAGGCUGCCGUGGCCAUUCUGCUAACCCUUCCCACGCCCAAACUCCUAAGGGACCGUUUCGCCUCUCUCGUUUCCCUCAUUCUUCAACCCGCGCUUUUCAUUGUCCCCUUUGCGGGGUUCCAACUCCUUGAUAUAUACUGGAAAAAUGAGCAUCGGUUGAUGUGUACCUCUGAAGUUUGUACUGCUGCGGAGAGAGAUCGAUAUGAGAAAUCUAUAUACAAAGCUCAGAGGAAUGUAAUACUGUGUGUUACAGCAUGUCUUCUCUACUGGUCUAUCAGCCGCAUUUGCAAGUAUCAGAAGGAAAUCCAGAGUCUGGAGGAAGGGGAGAAGAGAAUCAAGUCCCACUAGAUUCUUUUAGUCAUGAUUAGUGGAGGAUAUCCUUGAGGCUACUUUAGUUGAGUCUAGUAUGGACAUGCCAACAUGAUGUACCAAAUUAUACAGUGUGAUAUACUCAUGUGAUUCAGUUUUAUAUUUUCAAAUUCCAAUUUUUCUUUGUUAUGCUGUUUGGACGUGCUCUUGACUUCUAUCUUGUUUAAUGGCUUUUAGCCUAUAUCAGUGAAAUAUUUUUUCUUUUAA